CGGCGUUCGCGGAGGUGAGGAGGGGUCGGAAAUGGGAAGCGAAGCAGCCAUCGAGCCAUACGUGUGUGGGAUCUUCCAAAAUAUGCGGCGUCUGUUAAUGCCCUGUCAGGCACAGCUGCGAUGGAGGUCGUAUGAGUCCCGGCUGAGAGAAGGAGAUCAACAAGAGCCCUAUCAUCGGUACACAGCAUGAAAGUUUCUCACCUGCUGCUGCUCGUCGAGCUCUGUGUCCCUCCCUCAGACAGCUGACAAAUGAUGAUUUGGCUGCUGCGGUGGUGGACGUCUCGCUUCUCUUAUCGGCGAGUGGCCGACCACCGUCAGCUCCUUUCGACAUCCACUGAGGAGGAUGACUCCACCGCUCAGCUAUCGGUCGUCAUCGGUGGCGCUGGCGCUGACCAAGGGCUUCCUGCUGACGUCUUCGCCCGUGUGGUCAUCCCUCUGCUGCCUGUCGACGAUGCCGUGAGGCUCCGGGGGGUCGGCAAGGCCUACGGCGCUCAGCUGAUCGAUGAGGCGUUCCUUCUCGGUCGCAUCAACAGCUGCCUGGCCCAGCAGCAGCUCACCGGCCUCAUCAAUGUGGAGAGGGACCGCGGCGCCGACACCUCGGCCCCUCCCCUCCCAGCACCCCUCUUGCGAUUGGGGUACCUCGCUCGCUGUGCCUACGUCAUCGAGCGGGCGGCUGAGUGGCGCUAUAUGGCCAGAUUUAUCAGGGUGGCAAGUGCCUGCGGUGCGGCUGGCCAGCUGCCCCUGGUGCUGUCGGGUGAGAGUGUGGCGGCUCAUAUUCCCCACAAGGCGACUUUCCAUCGGCUGCCUGCUACCAUGGCCGUCUACCAAAUAUUUGGCGGUCUUCUUGGCAGUGGCGCUCAGCUGACCGAGGGCCGCAGAGGUAAGACCUCUGUCGCUGUCAUUUCGCUCCAUCCGCUGGUAACUGCAGCCGUUUACCUUUUCUUUCUGCUGUGGUUCGCUUGGGUCCUUGUGGUGAGCACGUUGGGUACCUACCAGGACGUCCGCAAUGGCCCUCUCUCGGACCGACCCGUGCUGUGCUGGAUUGCUGCCUUGGCGGCUAGCCUUUGGAUUAGCGCGACCGUUCUUGCUGGGGCCCUCAUGGUAGGAUGGCAACUUCCAUCCCUGCUCCACCAAAGGAAGCGGAAGGUGCAGUGGUAUCGAUUCGGCGAGAGGCGGUUCCGCCUUAUCGAUGGAGACGAGCUGUGGCGGCUGCAUCCAUUCAUGCGUCGGACAUGUCGACAUACUGACCCGCCCGUCAGCUGCAGCACGCCACCCCUCCGAGUCUACCGUUCAUUCAGCGCGUUUGCCCUCGACACGCUGCUGGAGCGGCUCGCUUAUCCUUGGGCCCCGGGCCUCAUGAGUGUCAUUCUCGAUGUGACAGUGGGGCGGCGCGGUGGCUAUCGUGUCCUGCUGCGGGAUGCCUUCAGCGGCGAAUCUGACCCGUUCGUCGUCGAUUCCCGAGUGGACUCCCCGACAGCGUUUCUCCCUCUGUACGUUCCGAUGCGGGUUGUGGUGCUGUUACUGGGUGGCGGCUCUGUUGUGGCGUCAGUUUCUCUCGAUGAAGGGCGAAUUGUGGUCAGGACGACCGAGGCGGCGGUCAGCCAUGGGGUGCCGAUUGAUGGGCGGUUUCCUGUCACCGUGGCUGCCGUGCGGCAGCUGCUGAGGCGCUUUGGACUGGAAAAUGAGACGGUCGGCCCGCUGCCGUGACUGGUUUUGACGUGGGGAUGUGCAUCGAUCUGUGUGCCUGUUUGGUUCUCGAGUCUUUUACCUGUCUCGCUGACUAAACUGAAGACAUCGUCAGUUUGUUUGAAUGUAGCGAAUGGAACACGGCAGCGGCAGCUGAGCUCGUUGUGGCUCGACUGAUUUUGGUUUUCCAGUGAGAGAAUCUCCACACAGGGGCUUGAAGACCAGCCCGCCACUCGCAGGCGCACCGUUGUCGGCG